UGGAACAUGAAGACGAAGCAGAUGAAAGCUCCCAGGAUCCAGUUUCCCUGUGUGACCUUUGUGCCCUUUGCUGUCAUAUAGAAAGUGAAAAGCAUGAGUGAAAAGGACGAGGAGGCAGAAUGAAAGCCAGGCUGAGGACAGGAUGAAGGUGAAGGUUGGUGAGACGACUGACAGAUUCAGAGGCUUCCAGAUGAUAGUUAAAACUGCACAUUGAAGAACAAACAGAUGUUUGCCAGAACUGCAAGUUUUAUUUGAUUUUUUUUUUUUUAUGGAAAGCUGCAUUGUCAGCAUUUUCUUUUCAUCUCAAAUAACGUGCAAUGAAGACAAACCGUAAGGAUUUCAACCUGAGAAGUCAUCACCAUCUGCACUGAUGAAGUGCCAGUAGGAAAACUGUCCCUGCAUCUUCUUGAUGACCCGAGUCUCGGCGUGCAACUGCGAAGGACGUUUUAGUGAGAGCAAAGAGGCAGAGGAGUGCAGCUGUCAAAGUGCAGAACGAGUGACUUUCUGCAUCUUUCAAAGAGUUCCCCAUCAGACCGGUCGUAAAAAACAGGCCCAGCAGCAGCGGGGGGGCUCUUCCUCCCAUCCUCUCCCAGCGCCGCCCUCCAUCCUCCUCUCAGACACCACCAUCACUCCUUGGGGAGGCCUGGCUCAUGUAGAAUCCUCCUUCACCACGAUUCCCCCAGCCCCUCCUCCCCCACGACCCCCUCCUCUUCCACCCUCACCUCCUGCUGUCCCUCCGCCCACACCUGUCAGUCCUCGUGGGAAACAAGAGGACGAUGAAGAAAAUUUAAGUUUCAGCUCUGAAAUCCCAUCUCCUUUCCCGGCGGUCUGUCAGAAGAGUUCAGUAGGUGGGGUCAGCAGGGAUCUGCGGAUGAAGAGGAGGGUGUUGCCACCACACACGCUUCCUCGCCCUCCUCGUUUGCCACCCUUACAUCCCAUCAGCAGCCAGAGCUUCUCCCGAAGCUUCACUUUCUCCUUCUUUGAGCUGCCGCUGCAGUACUCUCCUCACUGCCGGGCCGUACGGGUCAGAAACCUCUUACUGCGUCUGAAACAGAUUCACUACUGA